GGGAGGUUGUGGGAUAGGUGGGGUUGCUUCCAUUAUGGCGGCUUCCAUUUCGGGAUAUACUUUCAGUUCUGUCUGUUAUCACAGCGCGAACAGCAACUCCGAUCAUGAAGGCUUCCUUUUGGGUGAGGUGAGGGAAGAGGAAUCCUUCAGUAUCAGCGACUCACAGAUCAGCAGCACAGAAUUCCUUCAAGUAGUAGAAGUCCAUAACCAUGAACCUUGUGCACAUUUAUUUAGCUUUUAUGAUUAUACAGGUAAAGUCAGUGAAGGGAAUCUCAACCAAAUUCUCAAAGACCGAAGAAAAAAUGUCAUCGGUUGGUACCGGUUCCGAAGAAACACACAGCAGCAAAUGUCGUUCAGGGAGCAAACCAUCCACAAGCAGCUGACCCAGAUCUUGGGCGUGCCCGACCUCCUCUUCCUCCUCUUCAGCUUCAUCUCCACCGCUAACAACUCGACGCACGCACUCGAGUAUGUGCUCUUCAGACCCAACAAAAGGUACAACCAGAGGGUUUCACUCACCAUCCCUAAUCUUGGCAAUACCAGUCAGCAGGAGUACAAGGUGUCAUCCGUACCAAACACUUCGCUGAACUAUGCCAAGGUGAUAAAGGAGCAAGGGGCUGAGUUCUUUGACAAGGAUGGAGUAAUGAAGGAUAUCAGAACAAUCUUCCAAGUUUACAGUGCCCUGCAAGAAAAAGUUCAGGCUGUGUGUAUUGAGGUGGAGAAGAGUGAACGCAUUAAGGAGAAAAUCCAGGAGGAAGUGACCCAUCUCAAACAGGAAAUAGCUCUCAGGAAACGCAAGAGUGCAGAAGAGAAAAGACUUGAGGAACUAGCAGCAGCUGCAUCAGCGGAGGUGAGUGUGGCUGUUGUGGAGAACUCGGAUCCUUUUCCAGUGUGUGGGCUACACUUGCAUAACUCCAAUCCAGAGCAAGUAGGCAAGGAGAGACCCGACACCCCAGACAUGCCUCUGCCAUAUUCGGACAUGGUCCCCCGCGCUGGGCCUCCAGCAGCACUCCUCCCAAGGCCUCAGGCUGUCGGCUCUCCAGGACGGCCAGCUCAACCCAACCCAACACCAGGGGACGGGUCCAGCUCCAGUGACCUGGAAAGGAGGGCUACGGGCCGGGAGGACGGAGAGUCUGAGGAGGCUGAUGGGGAGGAUUACAGUGUGUAUGACAACCUGGAGAGCGAACCCACAGAGUUGCUCUCUCAGGGUCGGGCUGCAUUCCUCAGACCCGAUGGUGAUGCCCGAGGCUCACAGAACUCCUAGACCUGGCAGAGCUGUGCUCUCCAGUAAAGCUGAAGAGAAAGUCAUCCAUAUGAGUAGAGGAGAUGGAGGCAUCUCAGCCUUCACAACGAAAGGCGUGUGUCCAUGGGCCUCCCGUUUGUUUGUAGGAUGUUUUGUUUUGUCACGGUUUUGACCUCCAUUAGAAUGUCCAGAUUACUAGUGGUCAUUCUCAGAGACAGUUUUCCUUGGUGAAAUGAGAAUGUUGAAAAAGAAAUUACAUGUUAUACUGGAGAAGUCUUGAGAUGGUGGAGGAA